AUGACAGCUGGAACAACCUAUCUGGUUCAGACCUCGAGAUUUCGAAAGCUUUCUGACUUGUGGUGAGAGCACACAAACGGGAAUACACACUGAAGGAAGACAGUCACACAGUCAAACACUCACAUACACACACACACACACACACACACACACACACGGAUCUGAAGCUUGAGGAGAGACACACGAUCACAAUGGUGUCGGAGCCUCGUGGAGACGCGAGCGGUGAAGAGGAACACAUAGAUGUUUGCGAGGAGGAACAGACAGAGGAGAAGAUUCCACCAAAGCAGUUCAAACGAGAAAUGCCGAGUUCAGAACUGACCAAUGGGAGCGCAGAGGAGUCCAAGCCUGGCCAAUCAGAGAGCGAGGAGAGGGCGUUUGUGAUGAACCUGUACCAGUUUAUGAAGGAAAGAGGCACGCCUAUUGAGAGAAUACCUCACCUCGGCUUUAAACAGAUUAACCUGUGGAAAAUCUACAAGGCUGUGGAGAUACUUGGAGGCUAUGAGUCGGUGACGACCCGGCGCUUGUGGAAGAACGUGUAUGAUGAGCUGGGCGGUAGUCCGGGCAGCACCAGCGCCGCCACCUGCACUCGCAGACAUUACGAAAGGUUAGUUCUACCUUACGAAAGGCAUCGGAGGGGAGAGGAAGACAAGCCACUUCCUCCAUCGAAACCUCGUAAACAGUACAAGAGGAGCGAGGAGGGCAAGGGCAAAUCCGAGAGCAAGAAAAGACGGAGGACGGACGGAGACGACCCAGAGGAAAUUCUGAGAGGCAGUCAUCCCUGUGAGAGAGGAGUGUGUUCGCACUCCGGACCGUGGCCGGUUUCCUCUGAGCAUUCGAACGGUGACCAGGUCUCAUCUCAAGACAUGUGUCUCAGAGAGAAGCCUCUUCUUCAGCCGCUAGUCCCCGCCCUUGUUAUGUCCCCUCUGGAGAAGAAGAAGCGUCUGGCGCAGGCGAGCUUGAGCGUAACGCCUCCUGCUGGCCUGGAGGACGUCACAGAGCCUGAGAGACCCUCUGUGAUUCAUCUGUCACAUUCGACCACACCUUCUGGACGCGUAAGCCACACCUCUGACGGCUCACCCCUGCCUCUGUCCUCCCCGUCCUCCUCACGGAGCCCCUCCCCUUUCUCCGUUUCCUCCGAGGACUGUGUCGCCGUUCCGACCCAAAAGACGGCAGCUCCGGAAGCAGAGAAGCAGAAGCAAGCACGUUUUGGAGCUUCGCCUGAAUCUGGAGUGCACGUACCCUUCGUCCGUUACCCCUGCCCCAAAGACGCGUCCCCUCUGUUACGCCCAAAUCACCACAACUUCCUGAACUUCACGUCUACACAUCCGGACAAAACCCAGAGACACCCAGCGCUCCGGACACCCGUCCCCACGUCUCUAAGCUCGGCCUGCUGGGUGCCGUCUGCCUCAAGCUUCUCCAAGGUCGUCCCUCGCUCCCGUGAUCCCUGGAGGCCCGUAUCCUUACAGCCGUUUUACAAACCCCACGCUCCGAAUUCCAAGAGGCCAAAUAGCGCCGAGACAUUGGUGAAGAAGCUCCCAUCUCCCGUACGCUUCCCAGACCGAAAGGACAAAUCCAAGAUGGUGGUUCCCAAGCCGACCCAACAGUACCUUGUGCACCAAACUGCAUUGCCCACCUUGCCAUACCUGCUGUCAGGUUUCAACCGGCCCAGAGCGGAUGCGCUGGAACAGAUGAAAGCUUUACCCCAUCAGCCUUUCUUCUUCCCUGCUCAUGUCAACAUUCCUCCAUCCCAGACACAUCCCACACAUCCCCUGCAGGGUCCCUUCCUCGGGCCGUACGAGGCCACGUUUCGUCCGUACCCGUACUCGGUGCCGGUCUGGCAUCCACCCGCCGGGUACAGCGUGGCAACACUGCAGCCAUAUUAACCGCAAGGGACUGGGACUGUCACCCGUUUCGAGUGAUUGUAGCUCGAAGCGGUUCAUGGUCAAAAUAAUGUAGCUUAUGUUUGGCAUAAGGAAAUCUCACUGAUGUUAUUGAUGAAGGUACUUUCUGAUAGUCACUCAAUAUCAAUAUCAACAUUACACUUCCACUAUGAUGUCUUGAAUCUCUUGACAAAUGUUUUUUUGUUGUUGUUUUUUUUUUUUUUACUAUAUUUGUUCAGCACAACUUAAAAUCCAUAUGUAAUCUCCUCAGCAAGUCAUAAUUUCAGGCUCCGUGUACUGAAAUAUCUGUCGGUUUUGUCAGGUUGAAAUUAAAGGUAGCAUUUUCAAAGGGUAUU